AAGAGAGCAAAACGAAGCGAAGUGAAUAAUAAAAUAAAAUUGAAAAAUUAAAAAAACAAAACAGUUAUAGAUGCAACAAGCGCAAGCGUUGAUUAGCGCAAAUGGACUUUUAAUGUCUACGCACACAAUGAACGCAGAAGUGGCAGACAGUCACUGAUAUCACGAGUACGCCGCUUAUUUUCAAAUGUCAAUAGCCGACAGGCGCCAGCUUCACAUUUUCCAAGUGAAUAAGUGAAAGAGAAUAGUAAAAGUAAAAGUGAAAAAGUGUUGCGCCUGCACACCAAGGAACUGCAACCGAAAGCAAGUAAUAAUGUGCAAAUAAUCGCGCCUUACGCUUGAACUAUUGUCGUUCUAUAACUCGAAUUGUAAGACCCUUAUCCUUAAACCCUACUUAAAGAACAAGAUAUGGAUAAACCACAUAUCGAUACUGCAAUACCCCCAAAACCUGGCUCGCCUACCGCCUCCCACGCAUCAUCCAUCGCUUCAUUUGGCAGUGGUCACAAGACGCAUGGCGUGCAGAAGUUUUGUUCAAAAAUCCGACACAAAAUCGAAGAUAAUAUAGCGCCGCGUCUGACAGGUAAACUCUACAAAUCGCAGAAGCAUUCUAUAUCGAUGAGUUCGCUCAGUAUUGGGGACUCAACUAGCGGCAAGUAUACGAACAUCAGUAAACAGUCGACUUUGCCUUCCCUUCCUCCAAAGACGGAACAACAGCAAACAGGUACCACUUCUGCACACCGACGUCUCACCGGCAUGUUGAAACAUCAACGCCAACGCAUCACAAAAUCAACGAAGACGCUCAGUAAGCGUGAAAUCUCAGCGCCGAUCGGUGAAGUUGCGACUAAUUCAGGCAUAAUUUGUCCAGCACUCCUUGAAAAGGGUGGUUUGGUGGACAGCGGUCACGCACAGGACCUUAGAACGGUUGCUGGAUCACCCACUGAGGGUGCUAGCUAUGUCGAUAGCGAUGAAGAAUAUCAGCAGUUAAGCUUGAAUUUGACGAAACAAUCGUUGGAAGAUGAAAUCUUCGAGGAGCUCGAGAAGGCCGCACACGAUGAAACGAAAUUGAGUGCGGUUUUAAAGAACUUUGAUCGUCUAAUAAUCGACUACAACGAGAAUCCAGCUGUAAGCGCAGUGCCAGAGACAGGGCCACGUGUGGAAUGCGAUGUAGCGGUGGUGGAGGCGGCAGCCGCAGCACAAUUGGAGCUCUUGGAACUAGAGCCGCCGGUCGCUUUCGCCGAUUAUAGCGGCGAGAAGCAGAGUGAAGAAAAUUUGGUUGAAGAGAAGGUAGGUCUGCUUGAGCCCGUUGAUGAAAAUAAAGAAGUUAAGCCAAAUGCAAAACUUGAUGAAGCAUUCGCUGAUUCUAUUGAAACCAACAUGGGCGCAGCUGCAGUAUCGACUACGCCGGAGACUACUAAGCAGUCUGAGGCGAACACAACGCAGGAGUCCAAAGAUUUAAAGCAUGCUAAAGAUAUCAAGGAUUUCACAGCUGAGAGCAGUGUCCCCGCUGCGAACAACGCCGACAACUCAUUGAGAACAACAUCCAACAAUGAAAACAGCGUUUGCAGCAGCACUGUCACUGCGCAAGUUACUGAGGAUCCCAUGACACCGCCACAACCGCCUGUGCGUCCUAAGCGCUUGGAAAAAUCCAAAUCAUCCCUGGCUCUACCUAGACGUAAUGUCUAUCAGUCUCCAGACACUCCGACGCUACGAAAUAUACGCUAUGCGCUAGCUACACGUGUACGCUCCAAAUCCGUGUGGGAGUUGACACCCACCACGGCAGCGGCUGCGACCAAUAGCAAAAUUCCGGUUUUUAUAGCAUUACCGUUACAGAAACGUAGUAACAGCUUCUGCAGCGCUUCCUUAACGGAAAUGAUUGGCAAGCAGAAGCUGGUCGAUAACAAGAAUUUAACAGCUUUGAAGUCCGUUGUGACACAUAAAAGCAAAGAUUCCACAGGUACGCCAACAAACCAACGACGUCAACUGACUAAGGACGCACGUUCUGCGUCUGCGCUUUCGUUGUCAAGUAAAUCACGCUCGCGCUCGCUUUCCACCAACCGUAUACAGCAGCCAUUGCAGUCAACUCCACAAUUGCCAUCGCAAAACCAACCGACAUCUGGUCAACGUACCAAACGCAAGUCAUUAUCUGGAGAAAAGUUGACGCGCAGCAAUUCACGCCUACAAAUGGAGAGAACCAAAUCUUCAAUUGGCUUUAACUCCAGCACACUUGGCACAAACGCGAGUCCACGGCGCACACCCUCUAGCAGCAGUUUAAACAGCAGUCAGAGCAGCGGAAGUGUGUCGCGUGUCACCAACGGUAGCACAACUACGGCGCGCAGUCGCGAUGAGCUAUUGGACAAGUGCUUGGAGAAGGGUCAUGAAAUUUUGCGCAAAGUGGAAUCGAUAAACACGAAAGUUAGCGUGCGUAAGACACCAAUUGCGACGACACUCAAGUCGAAUGCCGGCAAAGGAACGGCUGCGAAGGCGCCGACAACCGGGCAAACCAAACGUGCUGCUACAACGUCUGCGACAGCCGCGUUGGCCAGCGCACGUACGAAAGUGAAAACAGCUGCCAGCGGUAGUGCAGCGUUGACAGGUAAAAUUACGAAAGAUGCGUGUGAUGGCACUUUGCGCCGCACAACUACCAACAAAACCGCCGCCGCUCCUCCAGCGGUGACUUCCACGAAACAGUUGAAAUAUGCGAAUGAGGAGAAAGUGCCGCAACCGCAGCUUGAGUUCUGCAAAAUAAUACCACCCGUAUUGGGAGAGACAUCCGAUAAGCACACCGAAUUAUUGGUUAAUGUGGUGCAGGCAAAGUUGAAUGCGCCUACCGCCACACAACAGCUGUCGAAACAACAGCAGACUGCGGCAAAUAAUACGCGCGAACAGCAAGCGUUUGAAAUAGCAGACGCCUACAAACCAACAUUACAUUCUAGUGCGCCCAUCGAAAAGCUAACCGACGUAAAUACAUCGCAUCACAACAACGAAUCAGACUCAGAUGACUCAGGACACAUAUCAAAUGAGAAUGACACAACCAUUCACACCCUAUCCACUUCCACCACCUCCAGUGUGAGCCUGUGUGAAUCCGAUAUUAUUGAGGAGGAGCAUUCCACAUUCCCGGCAGUGUCGCCUGACAACAAUGCAUACAAUUCCGAUACAGCUGCGAUCUCUAUGCAAACGAAAACUACCAAAGUCUCGGAGCUCCUUCAGAAGUUCGAGCAGCAAUCACAAGCUUCUGCGCAUAUGACUUUCGGCAAGCCAAUCGUGCGUGCGUCUAACAGCAACCCUAGUAAAGUGUGCACUGCUACACGCGUUGCCCAACUCGAGGCUGUGCAAUGCAUACAAACUCAAGUGGAGUUUUAUCCGACCUACAGCAAAGAGAUUUUAUUCCGCUCUGGUGUUUUGAGCGAAUUGGAGGCGAAACGUGAUGAACUGUUGUCGGAUCGCAUCAUACAGUUGCAGGCUUAUUGCCGCGGGUAUUUGGCACGUAAACAGGUGGCACGCCGACGCGUACAGGAGUUAGCCGUACGUUGCAUACAACGUAACGUCAAAGCGUUUCUCGCCGUUCGUGAUUGGCCUUGGUGGCGCCUUUUGGUGCGUGUUACGCCUCUGCUAAAUGUCCACCGUACCGAGGAGCAAUUGAAAUCGGCGAACGAGGAAUUGGCAAUGCUGCGCGCCAAAUUGGAGAAAAUCGAAAACGAUCGCAACGAAUUGAAGACUGAAAAUCAGAAAUUGGAAGCGAAGUUAUCCGAAAUGACAGUGGAUCUAGCCGAGGAGCGUUCCACUGCUAAUAUCGCCACCGAACGUCUUGAAGCGGAAACUGCCGAACGUUUGAAACUCGAAAAGGAACUCAACGAGCAACAAAAUAAGGUGAAAAAUUUGCAAGAGAACAGCGAGAAGCUGGAAAUGGAGCUAAUUUGUGCCAAAUCCGAUUUGAAUGGCAUAUCUGAAGAUGAGGAUCCCGAAAAUGAGGAAGGCGGCAGCGGUGUUUACAAGUUGAAGUAUGAACGUGUGGCGCGCGAACUCGAGUUCACUAAGCGACGUUUGCAGACGCAACACGAACACGAUUUGGAGCAGUUAGUGGGACUGAAAAAACAGCUGGAGAAGAAACUCUCCGAUGCUUACGAAGAAGUCGAGGAGCAACGUCAAGUUGUCGGUCAAUGGAAGCGCAAAGCGCAAAAGAUGACCAACGAAAUGAAUGAUUUGCGCAUGUUGCUCGAAGAGCAGAAUGGUCGCAAUAAUGUGUUGGAGAAGAAACAACGUAAAUUCGAUGCGGAAUGUCAGUCGUUGCAGGAUGCUGCUCGUCAAGAAAGAGUAACAAAGGAUAGGCUAUCACGCGAAAAGGACGUACUCAUCGCAGAGAAAUUCACAUUGGAGCAGAACUUAGCGGACACUCGUCUUGAGCUCGAACUCAAGGAAGAGAAGUUGGCGUCGCUACAACGUGAAUUGGAGGAGAUGACUUUCGGUGGCAGCACCGAAGAGGAAAUCGCACAGCUACGUCGUUCAAAGAAUGAAUUGGAUCGGCGUGUCAAAGAACAAGAAGAAGAACUGGAUGAGAUGGCCGGGCAGGUGCAAUUAUUGGAACAGGCCAAACUGCGACUGGAAAUGUCGCUCGAAACCAUGCGCAAAGAAGCGCGACGUGAGGCGCAACAACGCGACGACGAGUUGGAAGAAGCGCGCAACAAUUCUUACAAAAAGAUUAAAGCUUUGGAAUGCCAACUCGAGACUGAACACGAAGAACGCACUUUGCUAUUGCGCGAAAAGCACGAACUAGAGCGACGACUAUCAUCGAUGGAGGAUCAAGAUCGUAUGGAUCGUCAGGCUGAGGAGGCAGCCACACAAAAACUGAAACGUGAUCUACGCAAAUACAAGGCACUGUUGAAGGACGCGCAAGCGCAAUUGGAGCGGUCAAAGGCGGAAACGCCAGGUAAGGCACUCAUACGACAGCUACGCAACCAGCUCGAAGACGCCGAAUCGGCGCGUACACUCGUGAUGAAAGCGCGACAAGCGGCCGAAGCUGAGCUCGCCGAAGUGCAAGCCAUGUUCGAAGAGUCACAAAAGGGACGUAAUGAUGCCGAAGAUCGUGCUAAUGCAGCGCAUCGCGAUCGCGCCGAAUUACAGGCGCAAAUCGAAGAGAAUGAAGAGGAACUCGCAGAGUUAAUGAAGAAAUAUAGCGCAGCUGUUAAACAGUUAAAUACCGAGCAGAUCGCUGCUUCCGAGUAUGAGUUCAAGUUAUCCGAAUUGGAAGCAGAUCGCAAUAAUCUAAAGGAGCAGGUGAGCGAGCUGCAGCAACGCUUGGAAAAUGUGGAGAGUAUGGCUGAUCCUUCUACAGCGAUGCUAUCAAAACGCUUAGAACUGCGCACCAAAGAGCUAGAAUCCCGCUUAGACCUCGAACAAGCUACACGCACACGACUCGAAGUGCAAGUGUCGCGACUCAAAGAGACUCUCGAGAAGGUACAGAACGAUGUAGCGCAAGCGAAGGCACGUGAAAUGCAAGCGCAAGAUGCGCUCAAGAAAUCACAAAAGAGUUUACGUGACAUGCGCGAAGAGUACCAUGUGGCGGCGUCACGCGAACAAGAGUCGGUGACGAAACGCAAAGAUCUCGAAAAGAAACUGGAACAAGUGGAGUCGGAGUCGUCGGCACUAAAGAAUGAUUUGCGUUUGGCGCUACAACGCAUUGCCGAUCUGCAGCAGGCUAUGGAGGAGGACGAUGAUGACGUGAGCGACAGUGAGGACUCACACAGCACAGAUGGUUCACUUAGCGAUUUAGAGGAGCGCUUGCGCCCCAUCAAGGUAAAGCGCACCACAAACGGCGAAUUGAUGAGCCCGAGCUCAACUAAAACGCUGGUACAUGAAAAGGAUGACAAUAGUCCGAGAAUCACAUUGACCUCACCAUCAUCACCGCAUAUACAUAAAAUGGCGCGGCUGGCGAGGGCAGAGGAUGCCAAAGCGGAUGUGACGUCGAAUGACGUUGACAAAAAGGCAACAACCACGACGGCGACGAAUAGUAUUAGCACGGAGCGAAGUAGCGAAGGCUUGAAGAAUGGCGAUGCGACUCCAUAGGCUUGAGCAACAACGCAGGAAGAAGAAAAAACGUAAGCGAAAGUGCGACGUCAAGUCACACAUACAUUCAUGAGAGCGAAGGGACGUGCGUCGUGUGCUGCUGAAUGCAAAUUGGUGAUGCUGAAUUUCACUUAAUUUUAAUACUAGUUUAGCAGAAAAACAUAGCAAUGAAGCGAAAAAUUUAAAAGAUAACGGUAAACUAAAAAAAAAGGUUUUAUUAAACUUAACAAAAAUUGCAGAAUAAUGUAAAAGCUUACUUAGUCAGCAAUAAUUUGGGAAGAAAUUCGUUUCAAUUGUGUAUUUGAGAAUAAGAAUUUUAUAAAAAAUUGCGAAGUGAGCAACAACAAAGGCAUAGUAACCUAGCGGUAUAAAUAUGAAUGCACUGAGCGAGCGAGAGCGAAAGUUUUAAAAUGGCAAUCCAUUGACACGCAGAGUCUGAGCAACAUUUCUGUUUUGUAAAAGGUAUAUAAUCUAAAUAAAAAUAGAUUUAAAACAAAAGUCUCCAAAUGGAAGCAUCAAAGAAAAAACACCAAAAUUGCAUAAAUCACACAUUUAUAAAAAAAAAAUGCAAAUUUUUAUAAACAACAAAAAAAAUAUUUUAAUAUUUUGAUACAUAGAAAUUUUGUGGUAAAAACAGAUACAAAUACAACUACAACAACUACUAUUGCUACUAAAAAUAUUACAAAUAUUUAAUGGAAAAUUUAAAUUAAUAACAAUUAUUAGUCCAACAAACUCUUAGUCAAAGCAAAACAAGCACAUUUUAAAUGCAUACCAACAAAUAUACAUACACACACAUUUACAUACAUACAUAUAAUAGCUGAUUAGCAAUAUUGAGUUAGCCAAAUGAUGGACGGUACUACAUGCAUACAUACUACUAUUACGAAAACAAAACCAACUAUGAUUUAGAGGCUUUACUAAGUGCAGCUGAAAGUGUCGGCAUGUUUGUGUGCAAGCUAGAAAGCUGUUGGGAAGCUGUACGGCAUCUAAAAGCAUAAUUUUUACACAUUAAGCAUCCUUUUCCGGAUCUUUUAGCCCAAAACCACAUAACGGCAUAUGCUUUUCAGUAAACUUAGCAAAGCACUCGCUUUUUUGUCGCAAUUAUUUCUUUACAAAAGCAACAUUGCAAAUCAAAAUCACAAAAAUGAAGUUUAAAGGAAAUAAAAAUCAACAUGUGGAAAAAAAUCAUUGCAAAUACAGUAAAUAUGUUGUAUUUGCACAAUUUGUAUUUAUGUAAUAAUUUAUUUUUAAAAGAAACAACGAAAUGUUAAUUGCAUAUAUUUAAGUAAUUAGAGGUGUUGAAGCAGCUGCAGCUAUCUGGAUAAAACAAAUUAGCCACCCAUAUCAUACACCAAGCUUUUUAGUUAGUUUAAAGAUAAUUGUUAUAUCCGUUCUAAUGUCGCCAGCGCUUUGACACUUCGUCAUGUUAAGUUUUCUUUUUAAUGUUUCACAUCUUUUUUUCUUUGCUUACACAAUUUAUUAUUUUAUAUUUUUCUAUACAUAUAUCUAUAUACGUUUGUAUUCACUUAUAUAUACCGUUAUUCAAUGCUGUCCUCUGAUUAUGUUUAAAUAUUAUUUAAAUAACAUUUAGGCAUGUUUUUUUUAUUUUUAAUUAUGAAUGAAUAAUGUAUGUAAUUAAUUUCUAUACCAUUUGCAUACAUAUAUAAUUAAAUAAAAUAUAUGAAAAUUAUACAAUUGAAAUAA